GAGGAGGAGAAGGAGAAGAGGAGCAGUGGCUCAUUUGCAUCCUAUUACCCUACGCCUGCUGGCCCGGUAUAAAACCCAGAGCAGGGCAGUUCAGCCCUCAGACAAACACACACACUGUACAACACUGAGACAAGAGCGCGCGCUCCCGAGGCUGGCUUCAGAUUGAUCCAUUAUGACCCAGGUGGGAGAAUAAAACAGAGGUGCCUGCUUUACUCUCCCGCUGCCGAUUUGGAAUUAUCUGAUUUAUUUUUUUUGAACCACCUUGGAAUUUCAUUGACUGAAGAGGAUCCUUCUCCUGAGGAUUAAUCACAUUUGCUGAACGGAACCUGCGCAUUUGGGAAGAGCCUUCACUCCGCCGUCUUUCUUUCUUUCUCUCUUUUGUAUUCCUGUGCUUUAGCAGUUCAUCUGGACUGUGACUCACCGGGAAACUUUUGAAAACUUUCUCCAUGAUUGCUUGAGAGGUGGAGGACUCGGACCUGUGGAGCUUUUGAAGGGCUGCUUGUUGAAGGACUGGCUGUCAACGCAAUGGGACGCCGUGUAUCUCUGCUCCUGCUGGUCUCUCUCUCCAUCACCUGUCAGGUUCUGGGCUCAGGAGUCUUCGAGCUGAAGCUGCAGGAGUUUCUGAACAAGAAGAGUCUCCAGGGAAACAACAACUGCUGUCCGACAGGGACAGGAGGUGCAGCCCAGUCGCAGACCCAUCAGCAGUGCGAAUGCAAGACGUUCUUCAGGAUUUGUCUCAAGCACUACCAGGCUAACGUCUCCCCGGAGCCUCCCUGCACCUACGGCGGGGCCGUAACUCCGGUGCUCGGCUCCAACUCUUUCCAAGUGCCGGAGACGAACGCUGACAGCUUCACAAACCCUGUGCGCUUUCCUUUUGGAUUCACAUGGCCGGGAACGUUUUCACUGAUCAUUGAAGCUCUUCACACUGACUCCCUGGACGACCUGACAACAGACAACCCAGAGCGGCUGAUCAGCAGGGUCACUACUCAGCGCCACCUCUCUGUUGGAGAAGAAUGGUUCAAGGACAUGCAGAUUUCAGGCAGGACGGAGCUGCGUUACUCGUAUCGCUUCCUGUGUGAUGAGCACUACUACGGCGAGGGUUGCUCCGUCUUCUGUCGACCCCGAGACGACGCAUUUGGACACUUCACCUGUGGCGAGCGCGGAGAGAUCAUAUGCAACUCUGGCUGGAAGGGACAGUACUGCACUGAACCGAUCUGUCUUCCUGGCUGUGAUGAAGAACAUGGCUUCUGUGACAAACCAGGAGAGUGCAAAUGUCGUGUGGGCUUCAGUGGACGUUACUGCGAUGACUGCAUCCGUUACCCAGGCUGCCUCCAUGGCACCUGCCAACAGCCCUGGCAGUGCAACUGUCAGGAGGGCUGGGGCGGCCUCUUCUGCAAUCAGGAUCUGAACUACUGUACUCACCAUAAGCCCUGUCUGAACGGAGCCACAUGUACGAACACUGGCCAAGGCAGCUACACUUGCUCAUGUCCACCUGGAUACACAGGUGCCAGCUGUGAGACCCAGGUCAACAAGUGUUCUGGAGACCCCUGUCGUAACGGAGGCAGCUGCAUGGACGAUGAUAAUGGCUACAGAUGCACAUGUCCUCCGGGCUUUUACGGCAGCAACUGCGAGCUGAGCGCCAGCACCUGCGCAGACGGACCUUGUAUGAAUGGUGGACACUGCGUAGACAACCCUGAAGGUGGAUACUUCUGUCAGUGCCCAAUGGGAUACGCUGGCUUCACCUGCGAGAAGAAAAUCGACCACUGCUCCUCCAACCCCUGUUUAAAUGGUGCAGAAUGUGUAGAUCUGGUCAACUCCUACCUCUGUCACUGCCCUGAGGGGUUUUCUGGUCCCAACUGUGAGGACAGCAUCAACGGCAUCUCUGGACAAUGUCUGUUCUUUCCUUGUCAGAACGGUGGGACGUGUCUAGAAGGAGAAAACGGCUACACCUGCACCUGUCCUCCAGGAUACACUGGCAAAAACUGCAGCUCCCCCAUAUCUCGAUGCUCCCACAACCCCUGCCACAACGGAGCCACCUGCCACGAGCGUGGCGGGCGCUACGUGUGCGCCUGUGUGCCCAGCUAUGGUGGUCACAACUGCCAGUUCCUGUUGCCCCAGGUUCCUAAGGGUCAGCCUGUGGUGGAUGGACCAGAUCGGCGAUAUUCCUCAGAAAACAUGGAUGCUGAAGACGACGAGGAUAACGUCAGUGGCUUCCCGUGGACGGCCGUCUGUGCCGGUGUCUUCCUCGUGCUCGUGAUCCUGAUCGGUUGCUCCGUUACCGUUGUCUUCAUUCGCGUCAAACUGCAAGAACGCCAGAGUCACCGCAGUGACAGUGUUCACAGCGACAGCCGUGAGACUAUGAACAAUCUGACCACUACUAACAACUGCCUCCGCAGUGACAAGGACCUGGGGUCAAUGAUGACCACGUCCAUCAAAAACACAAACAAGAAGGUGGACUAUCAUUCAGACCUUGCAGGAUCUCUGGGUGGUCUUAGUGGAAUCAGUGGGCUAAACGGGUCGGAGAAAAACGGCUUCAAGGCUCGCUACUCCAGCGUGGAGUACAACCUGGUCCACGAGCUUCGACCUGAAGACCUCAACGAGCAAGAAGUCAAAUGUGAAAUGCUGGAUGAGUUUGAGUCCGAGGAGGGAUACAGGAAGAGACACAAAAGCGAGGUGUCAGAAAACAAACUGGAGGAAGAGUUACCGAGCUGCAGCGAUGCAAAGUAUCAGUCAAGCAGCGAGCUCAACUAUCAUGGAGCAUGUGAUUCAAAGUACCAGUCCACCAGUGACAUUAAAUACCAGUCCACCAGCGACGUCAAGUGCCAGUCAACCGCUGAUGUUGAAUACCACUGUAACAGUGACAGCGUGUACCCGUGCUCACCUGACACCAAGUACCAGUCCGUCUACGUCAUAUCGGACCAGAAGGACGAGUGUAUCAUAGCUACAGAGGUAUGAUAGGAGACACGACUCACUCCCUGUGGUCCACGGUGGUCCACAAAGACCAGCCCUGAGCAGUAGAGCUCAGCUUCAAUCCAGGGGUUUCUGCUCCUGCUGUUUGCUGUUGUUGUUGCUGGGCUUUUACCAGAGGAGCCACGCUGCUGCCGCUGCUGCUGCUGCUGCUGCUGCUGCUGCUGCUGCUGCUGCUGCUGCUCCUGCGCUAACACAGAGUCAGUCCUCACAUGGUGCUGCUUUAGGACUUUGCAGUGCCAUGUUGAAUAAGAAGACAUUUUUGACCCUCUACAAAAGAACUCUUUAGCUGACUCAGUCCAAUGGACAAAGUACCAAAAGACAGUUGGAGCGUCCUCGCACAGGGAUGGUGCUUAACUGAAGAACGUGGCCGGAGAACCGAUGGAGAACUGGCAGCAAUGGAUGAAGUACUGCUUGUUCCAGGACAAACUGUUUUCUCCCGGAAAACAAUGAAGUAUUGACUUUAAAGUAUGAUUAUUGUAGUACCAUGGUGUACCUGUUUCGAAUGAACUGUUAUAAGUACCUUUGGAGUACUGAGAACUUUUUAAGUACUGUUGUAGUACAGUUAUGUGCAGUGUAAAAGCUGUGUUAAUAUUGAACAGUUCUGUGCAGUGCUGCAGAGCGGACGGUGAAGCGGUCGACGUUUUAUCGCGGUUGAGUAAAAACUGCAGACGCCAAGGAUUGGCCUGAAACUCUGCAGCACUGAGAGACGAUGUUGGCUGAGCUGGUUCUCAGCAGAACGUAGAGAAAACUGAAGAUUCCAGUAGUGACUGCAGAUGGAUCCAGCUCGGAUCCUGUUGGGCCAUACUGGCCUUUGACCCCUGGCGGUUUUGAUCCACGGGGCGAUGUUUUUGGGGGCAGGGGAACUCAGGAAACACAGUCAUUAGUAGAGCAAAGGAAAACAAAUAGGGCACAGUUUUUCUAAUUGUUUUGAUUUAAAAUUCGGCCGUCAAAUUCAACCUUCAAUUGACCCCUCACGAUGCUGUCGCGUUUCCAAGCGGGCUAUAUCCGACUAGUCUUAACAACCAGACCUCACUGCACUACGGAGGUGUGUGUGGAUGAGUGUGUGUGUGUUUUAUUUUUUCUCUAAUAUGCCGUUAGAUGUAUGCACUGCCCAUUCCUUUGGACUCCUAGUCUUCCAAUAUUAGCCAGUUGAAGGACACCAUCACCCUGCCAUUAGUUUGCAUUAUUUGUUUUUAUUUUUAUUUUAUUUGUUAUAUAAAGAAAGAUGUAUUCCUUUAAUUUAAUGAUGUAAUUAUUUGCGUUUUUAAUUUUUUGUGGUGAUGAUUUUGUUUUUGUUAUAAUUUAAGUUGGACUCUUAUCAUUGGCAGAUAAUGUAUGUAUGUAUGUAUGUAUGUAAGUAUGCAUGUAUGUAAGGCACUUGAGACCACUGUGACUGUGUUGUAUUUAAGAGAGAAGACAUAUGUACAGAGCCUGUCAUUUUUAUUACUGGAAAACAACACAAUAUUUUUUUUCCAAAAUAAAAGAGGAAUGAAAUAUAAAACUUUCGACUUUGGAUUUUUCUUACAUGAACACAUUGGAAAGGAAUCUGUGCUUUUUAUCGUCAUAUUAGCAGCAAAAGACAAUCACACUGCACUUCCCUUCAAAACUCUACUGGAAAUCACUGUAGUUCCUUCAAUCCAAUGCUUUUCUCACUCUACAACAAAUGAAACCACUAAUCAGUGCAAUCUCAUUGGGGCACAAAAUUGAAAUU